CCGCGCCCCCGCCCCUCCCCGCGCACUGCCGCCGGCGCGCGUGGGGCUGCGCCGUGUCGCGUCGCUUCGCGAGGGGCUGCCGCCGCCUGGGGCGAGUAACGGCUCCGGGGGCCGCCUGGCCGGCGAGUGACGGCCGCCGCCCGCCCCAGCCCGGUGAGGAGCGGCGCCGGGCGCCCGCCGGUCCCCGCUGCCUGCCCGCAACUUUGAAUCUCCACUGAUGCAUGAAGUCCCAGAGCAGCAAGGCAGCAGCACAGACAGUUUGGCAAGCAGUUUGGGAAGCUCUGUCACAGCAUGUAAGAAGAUUCUCUGCAGUAACAGUCUGCUAGAAUCAACUGACUACUGGCUGCAGAAUCAGAGGACACCAUGCCAAAUUGGCUUUCUGGAAGACAAAUCAGAAAACAACUGUGCCUCAGUUUGUUUUGUGAAUUUAGAUGCAAACAGAGAUGAUUGCAGCGAUGAGCAAGUGAAACAGAGGUUGAUCAGCGUCUCUCCAAAUCUCCCCAAACUCAUCAGUUCAAUGAACGUACAGCCACCAAAGGAAAAUGAAAUAGUCCUGCUGAGUGGAUUAGCAUCAGGAAAACUUCAGGCUGAUUAUGAAGUUCCCCAGUGUCCUUGGCUGGCAGACGUCUGCUUGGUUCAGUGUGCAAGAGGGGACAGGAGAGCCAGCGCAAGUUGCAUCAUUUUUGAUAUAAACAAAUUUCUGAUUGGGCUUGAGCUUGUUCAGGAGAGACAGCUGCAGAUCGACACUCAUGUCUUAAAGCCUGAGGAUGAUACAAACUGCUCGGUGUCCUCAAUAGAAGAAGAUUUCCUCACAGCAUCUGAGCACCUAGAAGAUGACAACGAGGCUGAUGAAUAUAAAACUGGUCAUGAAAAAUUAAGUGUUUCAGAAGUAUCUUCAGAUGUCAAAAAAAAUAAAGGAAAGGGAUUUGAAAAUCUCCACUACAGAAAAGCCAGGUUGCCAUCCAUUCUUGAAGGGAAUUGCAUUAAUAAAGAUAAUACAUCUACUAGAGUCUCUGAAGCUGUGAAUGUCGUGGCCAAAGAUGUCGUCUUACAACCCGAAGAUAAGUCAGUCCAGGAAAUACUGUGGCAGAAGGAAUUAGCAGAAAGAGCUACUUCAUCCUUUAGUACUACUGAUUUGACUAGUGAAGUUGAAAAUUCCUGCUCAGUGCACAUGUUAGAUGAUGUGUCUUUAACCAAAAUGGCUAAAGAGGAGCUGGGCCCUCCAUGUGACCUAAUAGCGAAACACGACAGUAAGACAGAUGGAGAGGAUUGUGCAGGCAUCAGGAAAACUGAUCCUCCCUCGCAAAAUGAGCAGGCAACUACAGGUCAGUACGCCACAAAUUUAGCAGAAUCUGUUCUGCAAGAUGCGUUCAUUAGACUGUCACAGUCUCAACCCACUUUUAGUGAGGAGGCUGCAGUCAGCAUCUCCGUAGGAAGCUCCUGUAAGUCAGAAGAUGUAUCUGCCUCCCGAUCGUGGAAUGAACUUCCGAAGAUUGUCAUAGUGCAAAGUCCAGACAGUUCUGAGAAUACAUCUGACUGGCCAGGGCCUGCCUUCCCCAGCCUGUGCCACUGGACUGAAUCAGAAAGUUCUGCUGAAGUUUCAGAUUACGUUGAGGAAGAACAUUCAAACGGACCCGGCCAGAGUGCACUGGAAGUGGCUCUGGCUUGUGCAGCCACUGUCAUUGGAACCAUUUCCAGUCCCCAGGCUGCAGAAAAAUUCAGAUGGGAUCAAGAAGCCACAGACUCUAAAAGCAGAGCUGGUGGUAACAAAGAAAUACAUGCAGCAUCUUCACAGCUACUUGAUGACUGUGCUGGCACAGAGUAUUCAUUUCCAUCUGCACUGUGUGGCAUGACUCAAGUAGCAAGUGCUGUAGCUGUCUGUGGUCUGGGGGAAAUGAAGGAAGAGAAGUACCCUGCAACUUCAAGUGGUCUUCUGUCUGCUGCUCAGACUUCUGCAGCCAUCACUCUUCAUUGUAGCAUAGCUAUAGGAAGCAGCAUGGAGAAGCUAAAUGACAGCAUCGCAGAGGCACUUCUUAAAGAGGCAUCAAUAAUUUUGACAAAACCCAACACAUACAAAAAUGUAGGGCACUUUAUUGAAUCCAUAAAUGGAAAAAUUAUUGAAACAGCAGCAAGGCCACGAAUUCCACACACUGAUGAAGUAAUCAGGGAUGAACUUGCGCAAAAUUUAUCCAAUAUUAUCCUACGACAUUCUGUUGAAGAGGUUAGGAAGAAGAGGCAGCUACACCCCUGUUCAGAAAAUGGCUCAAGUACACAAGACAUUUUCAUGGAGACUGCAAACGAGUUGCUUUUUAACAUAAUAUAUUUCACUUGCAAGAAGAUGAAUGACAUAAGACAAGUUGAAGAGUGUUCUCUCUUUUCCAAGGGCACAAAAUCAGAGAAAGUAACAAGAGCAGAAGGAUGGUCAACACAGGCAACAGCACGUGAAAGUUCACACAGCUCCCUCGAGCACUCUGCUGUUAAUCCAUUUGGUACAUCCUACAGUACUAGUGCUAGCAAAGAUCCUGGAAAUGUCACAAACACUAGAAAAAGUAAUAUGAAAGAUGUACAUAACAAAGGAAGUGCCACACUGAAUUCAGAACCAACAAGUAGAGCUACAGGGCAUAACGCACUUGUUGCAAAAACAUCUCCCAAGAAAAGAUACCUGAAAAGAACAGCACGAGACUGUUACAAAUCCCCAAAUCAGAGUAACAGUCACCAGAAGAAGAAAGACUACAGAUCAUUUUCAGACAGAGAAAAUACCUUUGCGAACAAUGAAUGCAGGCAUGGUGUUCAAGAACAGCUGUCUUCCAGUGCCACCAUGAGUGCAGAAAACCAGGCCAAGCAUAAGUGUGAUGCUGUGCUAAAUAAUGAUGUUCAGGUUAGCUUGUCUUUAUUAGGAAAUCAUGUCUUGCUUCCUUCUCAGCCUGUGCUACAGGUGAAACAUUCAAGGGACAAAUAUUGUAUAACAGAUUUUGCAGAAGAAUUGGCAGAAACAGUUGUUUCUAUGGCAACAGAAAUAGCUGCCAUUUGUCUUGAAAAUUCAAAUGGAAAGCAACCCUGGUUCUGUGCAUGGAAGCGAGGCAAUGAACAUCUGGUGACCCAGAGUUUAUCAUGCAGAACCAUGAAACGGAAAAAGGAAACCCAUGCUAAUGGUUCAGUUGUUCGAAAGCACAGAGCACCUAGACUUAGUGAGAUCAAAAGAAAAACAGAUGAGCAUCCUGAGCUGAAGGAAAGAUUGAUGAAUCGGGUAGUAGAUGAAUCUAUAAACCUUGAGGACACACCAGAUUCAGUCAAUAUCUUUGCAAACGAAGUGGCUGCCAAGAUCAUGAACCUCACUGAAUUCUCCAUGGUUGAUAGCAUCUGGCAAGGUCCAAACCACCCCAGGAACAGGCUGCACUGUGAAAGAUGGAGCCGAGCCAAGGCCUCAAGCUGUGAGAGCAUACCAGAGGAGGAGUCAGAUUCCAAAGCCUCUUUCAAUACCCUAGGCCUAAUGAAUACCUUUGGUCAGUCUGUGAGCCAGACAAGUUCUGUCUCAAAGCAGUCUAGCUGUGAAAGCAUUACAGAUGAAUUUUCAAGAUUUAUGGUGAACCAAAUGGAAAAUGAAGGAAGAGGUUUUGAUUUAUUACUGGAUUAUUAUGCAGGAAAAAAUGCAAACAACAUCUUAACUUCUGCUUUACAACAGGUAGCCAAGAAAAAUGGUCAUCUCAAUGUAAGACCAAGUUGCCCAUCCAAACAGUCCAGUACAGAAAGCAUAACAGAAGAAUUUUAUAGGUAUAUGCUGAGAGAAAUAGAAAAGGAAAAUAAAGAUAACGUAUCUUCCCCUUGGAAUUCAAAGGACUGGUGUGGCAGCCUGCUACCACCCUCUCUACGAUCACCUUUUUGCUUUAGGCAAUCGUCAGUGCCUGACAGCAGAUCAUCAGGCUCUAGGCUAACAGUUAAUGUCCCAGUUAAGGCAAAUUCAUUAGAUGGAUUUGCCCACCACCACCAAGAUUCCUUAAGUGUGCAGCCAGUCAGUACCGUGGCUUCUUCAGGUCUUUGCAAGUCUGACUCAUGCCUGUACCAAAGAUGCAAGACUGACCAGAUAACAGAUAUGUUGAUUCAUGAGACAUGGGCAAGUUCUAUUGAAUCUCUAAUGCGCAAGAACAAAAUCAUAGCAGAUGGGGCAGAGGCAGACCAGUUUCACAGUGAUUCCCCACCACAUGUUGAACAAUAUGCAAACAGAUUGGCUGCAAAUAUUGUUGAAAGUGGCAAAAAUUUUAUUAUUGUCCAGCAGGAUUCCUUUGAUUACACAAGCCGAGAGCAUGUGCUGGAAAGCAAACAUCCUCAAAGCCCAAAUCAGAUUCAGUCAAAACCCAAAAUGGAUGGAGUAAGUUUGGAUGACAAAAAAGAGCAUAUGAAGAGCCCUGGAUGUCUCCCUGCAGGUCAGCACAGGGAAGUGCCUUUAAUUCAGAUAGAAACUGAUCAAAGAGAUGAACCAGAUAAAGAUUCGGAGUGCUUAUCUUCAUAUGGCCGGUCUGGAAAGGAGCAUCAAAACAAAGAAAAGCCUCCAGAAGCUUUUGAUGGGAAACACAGAGUUUCCAGUUCCCUGCUAAAUAGCUUGGUUGACUUUAAUGAGCAACACUGCCUGAAGAUCGGUGGCACCAGUUUGUUUGCCUAUAUUACAAUAUCAAUGUGCCUUCCUUGUCACCCUACCAGCAACAGUCCUCAGAGCAGAUCGGAUGCUGAAAUCGUGGGAGAGACAAAAACAGCUGAAGAAUUUCCAAACCAUCUCAGCAGCAGUGAAGAAAGCACUGGCAGCUGGUCCCAGCUAGCUAAUGAUGAGGACAAUCCUGAUGACACAAGUAGCUACUUACAACUCAGCGAGCGAUCCCUGAGCAAUGGCAACAGCAGUACAACUAGCAGUCUUGGCAUUAUGGACCUGGAAAUUUAUCAGGAGAACAUGCCAUCUUCUCCUAUGAUUAAUGAAUUAGUAGAAGAAAAGGUUUUCCUUAAAGAACAGACAGAAAAUACAGAAGAAAGUACUUCUGCGCUUUCAGUGGGAACAGCUAAUUGUCAAAAGGACCUGCUGGUGAUAAACUUUGAUCUGGAACCAGAGUGCCCCAAUGCGGAGCUGCGAGCCACCCUACAGUGGAUAGCUGCUUCCGAACUCGGAAUUCCAACCAUCUAUUUUAAGAAAUCUCAGGAAAACAGAAUUGAAAAGUUUUUAGAUGUUGUGCAAUUAGUUCAACGGAAGUCUUGGAAAGUGGGGGAUAUCUUUCAUGCUGUGGUGCAGUACUGCAAGCUCAGCGAGGAAGACAGAGAGAUGAAACCAAGCCUGUUUGAUUGGCUUCUCGAAUUGGGUUAAGGAAGUUCACCUGUUCAGCAUUUUUGUUUUAUUCUAGUUUAAAUAAGCAGUGGUUUGUGUAAUGCUCCAAUUUCUGAACAUCACUGAAUAAAAUGAGCAAAGAUAUACAAACUCUACAGAAACAGCACACAUAUGUUCCACAACCAAAUAAGGAUCGAAGUGAAACCAAGAUGUAUUGUAUCUUUCUGUAUCAUGAGGGACUCUUGACAUACUGUGCUAUAGGAUGUACUCUACUAGGAGGGGAUUUAGCCUUCUGAAUUAAUGGACUACACAGUGAAGGCUUAAUUAAGUAUCUAAUAUGUUCCAUUUUCAUCAACUUGAUUAAAUCAAUCAGCUAAAAUGGGAUAGCACACUAACAUUCCAUUUUCAAACACCAAUAUUUGUACAGUUUAACUAUUAGAACCAGAGUGUGUUCCAGGACAGCUAGAGACACGCAUAUUCCUAGAUAAUUAUUUUUCUUUUUUUUUUUUUUUUUUUUUUUUUAAAAUCUCCAUAGUUUGCUAACAGGUAAAAACUUUUGAACACUUAACACCUUUGCAGUUAGACAACACAAUAAAAAGCUGCUAAAAAACACAUUUUAGUUUCUUUCUACGUGAUUAUUUCUCUUUCAUAGCUGUUCCUAAUGCCUGUCAUCUUCUCAAGGAAAUAAAAUCUAGACUCUCAAUUACUACCCUGAAACUCAUUCCUUUUCACUUGGAGGCAGUGCAGUUCAGUACAGCUGCACCCAGUGUGCCCUCGAGCACAGCUCUGCGAGUCAGGGCAGCGGGUCUCAGCCCUGUCCCGCCACCGACCUGCCACGUGGCCCUGGGCGAGUCAUUUCACCUCUGUGCCUCAGUGUCCCUACCUGGUAAGAGGGAGUAAUGAUAGUACAAUCGUUACGUAAAGUGCUUUGAUUUAAAGCACUAUGUAACACGCUACAUAUCAGUUAGAAGCAGUGAAAAAAGAUUCUCUUUUAAUUUUAGUUUAAUCAGACACAUUGUUAAUAAGGUGAAGAAAUGCCUAUCUGAAGAGUACCACUCCUAAAAAUAUUAACGUUAGUUUUUGUAACUUACAGGAAAGCAAAAUUAUUGCUAAAAUUUCAGCAGACAUACUUGCUCAUUUUGGAUAUAAGUGUUUGGACUAUAUGUGAUAGUUUACAUUACUAUAACAUUUAUAUAACUGUUUGAUAAGAUAUACUAUGGUAUCGUCUUGUUGAGAUGAUCUGUUAGUAUCAUGCACUUAAUGAUACAUUCUCUUGACUCUGCCAAAGAGACUGGUUUUGAAUUUAAAGGUAAAUAUAAGUUAUCACAUCACAGCUCUUCUGCGAUUUGUUUCUUUGAAAAUAUUUAUCUUUCAUCUCUCCCUACCCAAAUAGUAUAAUAGAAAACCUGCCUGCUUUUCCCAGUAAAAUAUUUAAGAGAUGUUUUAUUUUCCAUAUGACAGUUUAUGCUUCUGUAAUAUUUCUUGAAAAAAAAGAACCUAUCCUUUUGCACUAAAUAUUUUUGAAAAUUUUGAAGUAGUUUUAAAUAAUUUAUGAAAAGAGCCAUAUUCUCAAUUUUAUCUUUAAAACCAUUCCUAAACACGCAUGAUUGGGUCACUCAUUUGUUACAAAAUACAAAUUGUUACUGAAUCAAAAUCUAAUGUGGAACAUUAAACAACAUGAGUAAUUCUACAUCUACUGAGCAGUAUAUACAAAACAGUGAAGGUUGCUUUACUGUCAAGAUAAAGGUCAAUUUAUUGCAUACACUGAACAUAACUGUGCCGUCACUGGGCCUGCUCCUAAGAAUUGCUGAACAUCCGUAACGCCCACUAACACGAGUGGCAACUCUGAAUGCUCAGCACUUCUGAGGCUGAAAGUUAAUAAAAAGCAUCAAGUAUUAUAGACUUAAAAUGCUUUGUUUAAUAAAUGGGAAAGUGUAUUUAUUUUUAAAUCAAAUACAGUUAGUUGUCAGUAUACAGUUUUUUGCUGUGACAGAAUAAAUGUUUACUUAUCCUAUAAAGCACAAAUAUCAUGACAGAGUUGUAAUAGUGUGAUGCAGUUUCUCUAUACAGUAGUUCUUAAUGUUGCAAUUUAUUCAGAAAUAAAUUUAUGUUAAAAUGUC